AUGGUCAGAAAGCGAAAAAAUUUAAAAUUGUCUAAGGACAGAUUUCAAACUAAUUUUAAGGAUAAAUUUAAAAAAUGUUUAAAAUUUGUUAAAGCUUUAACCUUAUCCUUAUUUUUUGCUUUAAAGUUUGUUUGCUCCAAAUCGGAUAACAGCAAUAUAUUCUGUGGACAAUUAUUUUCGUUGGAAUCUUCACUUCCAUUACACACUACCGCCCAUGACGAAAAGAGGGCCUCGUAUGCAGAAUCCAUCAAAAAACGACUUUCAAUUCCCUCCCUAAAAAGCGCUUCUCCUUUUCACUUGGCCAAACGUUUUUCUAUACAGCAAAUGAGAAGGGAUUCGAUAAAUCCUCCAAAUGGGCAUUCCCCGCCGAACGGCCAAUGUGCUGCUGGGCAGAUCAAGGAAGAAUAUGAUGAGGAUAAUAUUGAAGAAACACAACAACAACAGCCAGCAUUACCCCCAUAUUAUAGAAGAUCCUCUAUUGGACAGAAUAUUGUUGGUGGAAAUUACCCAUCUCCACUUAGCCAUCUGGAACGUUUGAGUGAAGAAAGGGAAGAUUCUAGUUCACAGCCAAGUACUCCAGCAACAAUAGGCGCUAUAAGUCGAAAAUCUACACGUAUAGAAAUGUGUCUUGGUAAAGGAGAACUUGUAAGAAGUAUUUUGUUUAGCGGACAUGAAACUUUGUUGUGA